GGGCAGCUGGGCAGGGCGGAUCAAAUGGGACAAAAGAAUGUGGUUUGCUGCCGGGAUGGGGUUGUCGGUAGAGGCAUAUAUGCCGGCGGUGAUGGGCACGUCUGCCGACCCAGACGAACAGUGCAAAGGUACGGCAACGAACAGAGCAGGUCCUCACCAGUGAGAACACGCAGUUUGCCAUUCUGUUGGUCUGUCAGAAAUGGCGGCUGUGUUUCACCAGCUCACUUCCCAGUCGUACGACGUCUGCAUCGACCGCAAGAUGGAGGUGCCCGACACCAGCCAUCACGGGCCACAAACCUAUCUAAUCGCUUUCAUCCCCGCGGCCGCGGCGUUCGCCGAUCAUUUGACUCGCCGGCUGUUCCUUUAUGAUGGCUUCGAGAGCGACUGGAUCCCCAACCGAUGGCUUUACACACGUGGAGCUCACGAGAGGCGCCGGGCGUCUUGGUGCGACCCUUAUGGAGCCUUACUGCAUGUGGAUGGCGCAGGGAGUUUCCAUGAGCGCCGAGGCCACACCAUAGCGUCAGUCCGAAAGUAUUCUUUCAUGGCGACUUCGGAGGAGGCUGUGCGUCACAUUGAGACGGCUCGGUGCACCGAGGGCACGCCUGAUGAGGCCAAGGCUGACUGCGUUAAGACAGAGGCUCACUUUCAGCAAGAAGGCUUCGCCGGCAACCGCCUGGCCUCCUUGCAGUCAAUUGCCCACGAACACCCGCUACUUGCGCAGAUAGACAACACGGGCUACACCUAUGUGAAUCUGGUGAGCAAUCGGACAGACACACACGGACACAAACAGACACCCAUCCCGCCAAACACUCACACACACACACACACAGAGAGAGAGAGAGAGAGAGAUUUGGCUGAUUGUAUGCAUCGGCCUUGUUGUGUGUGUUUGUUUGUUUGUCUGUGUCUAUUCCGUUCUCAGAAAUUGGAAUCGGGGGAUCAAGACACAGGUGGAGAAGGGAAGAAGAAGAAGGUUCUGGACAGCACACAUGUGGAAGCGGCCCGCAUUCUCGUUGAGGAGCUGAACCGGGUUGCGGUCGGUUUCGGCUCGACGGGACUUCAGCCGCCAAGAGCCACCUGCCGCCAUUGGGUAUUGCUGUCGCGCUUCGUGAUCAACAAAGACGGCACAACCCCCCUCACUCUGCUGGCCAGCCACCUACUUCAUCACUCAUCCGUCUUGUCGGGCGUGCACGACAUUGCCGACCUUCACGCCCACUUAGCCAGCCACCUACACUGGCGUGUGAGUGCCCAUGCCGUCGUGCACGAGCGCCUGGAGUCCAGCUACGGGCCGGCUCUCCCGAUCUUCAAUCCCCAGCUGAAGACGCACGAGACAGAAGAGGUCAUGGAGAAUCUCUACGAGCCGUGGGGGGAACUCCUACUUGCCGCCACAGGGGUGGAGCAGUCCAUCAAACCCCACCAUACGCGUGGCUACUGUGUGAGAGCGUCAGGGAAGGACACACACGGCAACCGCCUCGUCACUCUGCCAAUGACCCCCCUCUACGGCGCAUCCCCUCUGUACCGGCUCUAUGUCCUCGACAUCACCAACACGCAGAUUUGGCUGGCAGCGCGCAUCGCGGGGAAGGCGUGGCAGCGGCGCAAGAAAGAGCACUUCAAGACCUUCGCAAAGGGGUGGCGGCGCAUCGAGGGAGUGUCGAAGCUGUGUGUAGUGCUGAGAGAGCGAUGUGUCUGGAUCAGGUCAUACUUUAGGCGAGCAGGGCCUUAGACAUCAUCCGUGUGUACGUACGUGGGGCACAACGUGUGCGUGUCUUUGAUAGAGCAGUGAGCCAGACACCUCUGCUCCUCAUAGAAGCCCGCGCCUUUGUACUUGCGCUUGAAGUAUAUCAGGUGGUCCUGCGCGAGGCUGAGGACGGCUAUAAGAGACGCCCCGACAGCUACAGCCACUGAUUGCAAUGAAUCACAGACACUCAUGCAGAGGGUGAGAGUCAAAGCGCAUGUCGAUGUGCACCUGUCCAUGCAUGUACGUGUGUUUGUGCUUGUGUGCGUACCUGCUGCAUCGGCCAGAAAAAAGAAUCGGAAGCCAACUGGGCGCCACGUCCUGACUGACGGGCAGAAGAAGAUGCUGCUCAAGGAAGAGAGGGAAGAGUAGAGUGGCCCUCACUGAGUGCGAUGUGCAUGUGCAACAGACAGUGUGUUGGUGGUGCCUGUGCGUCCUUAGCCCAUCGUCUGGACGGGGGCUUAGCCCAUGUGCGGCGCGGCAUGGUGUGUAGAAGACAUUCAUGAUUGCGUCACUCGACUUGUCUCAUUCGCUAAUCAAGCGC